GUCGUUGUUUCCAUAGUAGUGUUCUGAUUGGAACUCAACUCUACUUUCUAGGUGGAAUAGGUUCUGAUGAAAUAUUUUAUUUGGAUGUUUCCUUACCUUUCGACUCCAAAAAACCUUUAUGGACUGAUUUGACGACCAAUGCACCUAUUCCUAUUAAUAGUGCAUUUGCAACAUCAUGUGUUGGAGAAUGGAGCAUACCGACAAUAAUAAAUCCAGAUCAGAUACCUCCAGUUAAACAAAAUAUUAAUGCAGCAUGUGAUCUUAACGGAGCUGAAUUUUCAGGAGAAAAAUUUGAUGAAGAGAAUAAUCUUAGUAUCAACGUUUAUAUACUUGAUACAAAAAGUUUUUUAUGGGUUACAUCAGCUUCUCACAAUGCUUCAAGCAAAAUACUUUCAAGUGCAACACCUUCAAGGGCAUUAAUGCCUUCAAGAACAAUAAACCCUUCAAAAACAAUAAAACCUUCAAAAACAAUAAAACCUUCAAGAACAAUAAAACCUUCAAGGACAACACCUUCAAACGUGCCAUCUUCAAGUACGAUACCUUCAAACGUGACAUCUUCAAGCAUAAUACCUUCGAAUACAACACCUUCAAACGUGACAUCUUCAAAUGCGAUACCUUCAAACACGGUAUCUUUAACUAAUUCUACUUCAGUCGAUAACACACCUAAUAUGAAGAUAGUUGCAGGUCUUUCAAGUACAGCAGGAGCCACCGCUUUCUUAAAGGAUCUCGAUACUAGUUUAAUGGGAAAUGGGAUAGUAACAUGGCUUAAGCAUGAAGGCCUUAUUAAAUACCUUUCUGAUGAAGCAAUGUUGAAAUUAGCACAUAAUGUUAUUAUGGAAUCUUUGAUUACAAUGUUUCUUCGGAAAAGUGAAAAUCUUGAAGAAUUAUCAAUUUAUUAA